UCGGGCGGCGCGGCGGCGGCGAGGAUGCAGUGGCGGGCGGUGUAGCUGCCCGCUGGGCCCUUCAAACAUCCGCAGCCAUGAAGUACAAGAAUCUUAUGGCAAGAGCCCUGUAUGAUAAUGUCCCUGAAUGUGCAGAAGAGCUGGCCUUCCGCAAAGGUGACAUUUUGACAGUGAUAGAACAGAACACCGAAGGUCUUGAAGGAUGGUGGCUCUGCUCCUUACAUGGCCGGCAAGGCAUCGUGCCAGGCAACCGUGUGAAACUCCUUAUAGGUCCAGUGGUACAGAAAGGUCCUUCUGGCCAGGAUAUGUCCAGUUCAGGAUUGACACAUCAGUCCUUCAACCAACAAAAGAUCUAUCAAGUGCCAAGCUCACAUGCCUCAGCACGGGACCCAGUUUACCAAGUGCCACCUUCCCAUCUGAACCAGGGAAUUUACCAAAUACCCACUGGUCACAGUCUACCAGGACAAGAUGUUUACCAGGUGCCACCCUCAAUGCAGAGAUGUAUUGAUGGCCUAGCUCUGAAUAACAAGGUAGUAACUCCAGUCAGAUCAGGACAAAGUUACGUUUAUGAACACCCUUCCAAAUAUCAGAAGGAUACCUACGAUAUCCCCCCUGUUCGCUCUCUCCAAGGGAUAUAUGACAUUCCCCCCACGUCGGUUAAGGGGCCUGCACUUCCAGUUCCCGUGGGAGAAGCUAAGGCUUUAGGAGUCUAUGACAUACCACCUGCCAAAGUGGUCUAUGCUACAGCUCCAUCUGCAUGCCGAGAUGAUACAGGCCUGAGGGAAAAUUUGCAGGACUUUUCAUCUCCAGUGGGCUACAGUGUAAGACCAGAAGGAGUAUAUGAUAUUCCUCCUCCCAUCACCAAAGCAACUGGGAAAGAACCCAAUAAAUUUUCUCCCGAGAGCUUUUCAUUGACGGAUGGAGUGCCACAGAAACAGAAUGUUUAUGACAUCCCCAUAAACCAUCAAAACCAUUUCCUUGGACAGCAAAUAGCAGCUCAAAAAGAUGUUUAUGAUACCCCAAGGGGAAUUGCAUUCCGAGGACAACAGACAGGAGUCAGCGAAAGUGUCACCUCAGAAGGAAGGGAAGGUGUGUAUGAUGUGCCACCACCAGUCCUCCAAGACACUAAAAGCGUACAGGAUGUGACUGAUGGCAUAAAUAGGUUGUCUUUUUCCAGCACAGGAAGCACAAGGAGUAACAUGUCCACGUCUUCAACAACAUCAAAAGAGUCUUCUUUCUCAGCAUCGACUGCACAGGACAAAAGAUUAAUCCUUGAUCCAGACACUGCAUUAGAGAGGCUUUAUCAGCUCCAGCAGAUGGUGGAGACGGCAGUGAACAACCUCAUGGCCUUCACUACAGCAGACUGGCGGUCUUAUGGAUAUAUGGAGAAACACAUCAAUGAGAUUCACACUGCUGUGGAUAAGGUAGGGCAGUCACUGUUGGAGUACCUCCAGUUUGCAAAAGGAUCAGCAGCCAAUGCUUCCUGCCUCUCCGAGUUCAGCCUCCUUAACAAAAUGAGGAGGGAGGUGCAAAGGCUGGAGGACUCUCACCAGAUCCUUACCCAAACCAGUCACGACUUGAACAGCUACAACUGGUCUUUGAAUGUUCUAACCGUCAACAGGCUGCAGAAUAAGUGUGAUGACCUGGAUCGGUUUGUUAUGGUGGCAAGGACGGUCCCGGAUGAUGCCAAGCAGCUGACCACUACCAUCAGUGUCAAUGCAGAGGUGCUCUUCAAGCAGGCGUUGAGCAGCUCACGUUUCAGAAACACACCAGAGAAUGUCAUGAAUGCUGACUAUGUCUAUGACAAUCCUCAUAUGCAGCGUCAUGGAGAAAAAGCACAGAGCCACUGCAGUUCCCUUCCUCCACUCAUGAGUAAAGGGCAGCACCCUCACAAUACAACUAGUGAGAGCUCGGAAAGGAGCUGGAUGGAUGACUACGAUUAUGUUCACCUGCAGGGGAAAGAAGAAUUUGAAAGGCAACAGAAGGAGCUGCUGGAAAAAGAAAAUAUCAUCAAGCAGAGCAAAAUGGAACUGGAACACCAUCAGAUCAAUCAGUUUCAACGUCUGGAGCAAGAGAUCACAAAGCCAGUUGAAAAUGACAUCUCUAAAUGGAAGCCUCCUCAAACUCUGCAGACUGCAAACAGCACUGCUACCUCCCGUGACAGCCAGCUGCUUUUAUUCUACUUUGACCAAUGCGAGACCCACUUCAACUCCCUCCUAAAUGCUAUCGACGCCCUUUUCAGUUGCGUCAAUGCCUCCCAGCCCCCCCGAAUCUUUGUGGCUCACAGCAAAUUUGUCAUUUUGAGUGCUCACAAAUUGGUGUUCAUUGGGGACAUGCUCACAAGGCAAGUGACGACUCAGGACAUACGCAACAAAGUGACUAACUCCAGCAACCAGCUGUGUGAACUGCUGAAGAGUGUUGUUCUGGCUACCAAGACGGCUGCCCUGCAUUACCCCAACACAGCAGCCCUGCAGAAGAUGGUGGACCAAGUUACGGAGCUGUCUCACCACGCACAGUUGUUCAAACUCUCACUGGUGCAAAUGGCAACCUGAUGAAACCUAGCAGAAUCCAAAUCCUGAGCAGCAAGAGAAGAGCAGACCAACUGGAGCAAUUUUUUAUGUAAAAGUUGCCAUUUUAAUUUGUGUAGAUUUUCUUUUAUAAUGAAGCGUGUUGAGUACGUUCUUACGCUGUAGAGACUCUCAUGAAAUCAGGGAUCUGGGAAUAUAUCUGGCUCUGUAUGAUGUUUCUAAUACACGUUUAGAUUCAUGCCCACCACAUAUAUGUAUAUGUUGCUACGUUCCCUAAAAUAUCAAUGAAGCACCUUAAAAACCAUGCCUGUUUCCUUUCUGUGUGUGUUAGCUGGAUGCUGCAUUCUUCCUUGUUUCAUUCCAUCUUGGUUUUGGCACAUGGACUUGGAUUGCAAAACCUGCUUGUAGUGAACCAUGAAGUGAGUGUAAUGGUUCUCAUAGAACUCCAGGUCCUUCUUAGAAAUGAAAGUUAACUCUCUUCCUGGUCUUACUUUGCUUUGUACAGCAUCCAGUCAUUCUGAUGAGUGUGUAUGCACAACUGCAGCAAGCAGUGCAUCAAGCAAGGCAGACAGUGUUUGGGAGAGAAGCAGUUUUUUGGUCACAAAAGAAACAGAACCUCCUAAGGAGGAAGGUGGACUCAUUUACUAUCUCAUGGUAUUCAAAUGUUGCUGUUUCCAAUAACUGCAACUUGGGACUUCAAAGCGUGGAUGGAUACCCAGCGAUGUAAAUUCAUACACGUUUACCUUGGAUGUCCUUGCGUUGACAAUUAGGUUUGUCAGGCUCUAAAGCCUUAGUGUUUAUGGACUUGAGGUUGUCCUGAGAGCAUCUCAGGAUCUAUUGGGCUCAUCUUUGAGGCUGCAGAUGAGCAAUGGCUCAAAAUACCAGUUGCUUCCAGAGGGAUUAACAUGCAAAUUAUAAUUUGCAUUGAAAGAAGCUUAGUUCAAAAUUACAGGUAUUUAAACAUCUCUAUAACAUAUAAAUAUAUUAAUGAAGAAAUAGCACUUAUUUUUCUAGGAUAUAUUCUUAGGAAUUAAUUGCAUCUAUUGCAGUUCUGACUUCCUUUCAACUAUGGGGCGCUUUUUUGCAAAUUCUGUUGCACAGGUGCUGGUCCUUCUGCGCUGCACUGUUGCCAAAAAAAUGACCUCCUGUUUUAAUGGGGCCAUUUCAUCAGUAAGUACACACAGUUCCACCCAGUAAUUUUCAAUUUAGACCCUUAAAAUCAGUUAGUGGAGUGGUUGACUCCUUUAGAAACUUCAUGUAUGCUAGCUGCUCUGAAACACAUUACCAGCUUCUUUCUCUUCAAUGCCCUUUGUGAACCCCAUAAAAAAAAGUCACAGAACACCAGUUGCCUGCCUGUGGUCCUCAGACUAAAAGCCGUGCUUCAAAUAGAGCAAUAGCUUGGGUAAAAUCCAGGUGGUUCUGGCAUUUUUAAAGCUACCAUUUUUGCAUAAUUCAGGCUAUUCCCUCAUGGAUGUGUUCUGAGCAUUCGCAUUAGCAAGCAGAUCCCUGGUAAAUCCAGUCAUGAGAUGGGGAACACCCAAUAAAAAGGCACCUCUGCCGCACUUGUCACUUUCCCAGGGUGUAUCUCAACAUGUGCCUUACUGAAAUGGGAUUUGUUGUCUUGGAUGACAAAGCCAUUUCAACAGCAUGUGAAAUCUUGAGCCUUAAUGUGUUGUCUCGGAGGGAGGACUGCUCUUGCACUGAUGUCACUUCCAGAGUCUGCAGAAAGUCCCUGAAAGAGCAGCGGGAGCCAGCACAACCUCAGCUGCCCCGGGAUCAGCUUUGGGGAUUGGCUCUGGUGUAACAUCCAGGAAGGGCAGUUCUCUUAUUGUAACCGAUAGCCAGUUGCCAGAAACCAGUCCACAUGAACCUGUUUUGUACUAUUGUUGAGGAUUCUUUUGGAUGUCUGUGUCCACUUUUUUUCCUCUGUAUAUUCUUGGAGAGAAAGUGUUUUGAAACUUAGUGGUUAUGUUGAUAGUUUGUACUUUGAAGAGGAGAACUUUCAUUGCAAGCCUGUAUUACAGUUUGUUAUCUUGUAGAGAGACAUUGUAAAAUGAUUAAAUGGUUAGCUUUUUUAUAUUAAAAAA